UCUAUCCACUAAUUUCGCUCUCACUUUACAAAAUAGGCAAGAUAUAAGCAUAUAUUCUAAUAUUGUAAAUCUUGACAUGCCCACAUUAAUUAAUUAAUUAAUUCCUUGGACAGUUUGCAAAUAAGCAAGAUUUUCAUUUCUUUUUUUGGCUAAAUGGGGAGUAAUAAAUUACAAGCAGCAAGCAAAGCUUUUAGGAAAGUAAAUUUCUCUCCUCCUAUCAAGCAAUUCAUACAUCUAUAUAUAGUUUAUCUGUAUAUGUAAAUCUAUAGGGAUGUGCUUCAAAUUGUUACAGGCAAGAAUCAAAUUCAAAAAAAAAAAAAAGAGGAAAAUCAAACAAUGAAGAGCAUGUAUUUUUCUGCCAUGGAUUCAAACAAAUUCUUGAUCAUCUUGUUAUUUUUUGUCUUCUUCAUCUCUUUGUUUUUCUCAGAGUUCACUGCAGCUUUAUUGCAGCAGCAUCAGAAGUCAGCAUCAAGUUCAGAUAAUUUUUACGGCAACAAUGAAAUUCCACCGGCUGUUACACUGCAAAUUCAAGACAGAUAUGCUGUGCUCGACAAUGGCUUCGUUCAGGUGUCUAUAUCUGUUCCAGAGGGACACAUUGUGGGAAUACAGUACCAUGGCAUUGCCAAUUUGCUUGAAGUUCUUAACCAUGAAACAGAUAGAGGGUAUUGGGAUCUUGUAUGGAGCGAUGAAGAAACUACUCGGAAAAAGGGUAACUUCGACAGGAUGGAAGGAACAAAUUUGAGUAUAGUAGUACAAAAUGAGGAACAAAUAGAACUCUCAUUCUCAAGAACAUGGAAUUCCUCCCUUAAAGGAAAGCUUGUCCCAUUGAAUAUCGACAAAAGGUUUGUAAUGCUUCGUGGUUCGUCAGGAUUCUACAGUUAUGCAAUAUAUGAGCACUUGCAGGAAUGGCCAGCUUUCGACCUUGACAAUACAAGAAUUGCUUUCAAGCUCAGAAAAGACAAAUUUGACUACAUGGCGAUAGCCGACGAGAGACAGAGAUAUAUGCCUUCGCCGGAUGAUAGAGUGGUGGGCAGAGGCCAACCUCUAGCUUACCCAGAGGCAGUCUUGCUCGUCGAUCCAAUUGAACCUCAAUUUCGGGGAGAGGUAGAUGACAAAUACGCAUACUCAUGUGAAAGCAGAGAAAGUGGAGUUCACGGGUGGAUUUCGACUGAGUCGGCAGUUGGUUUUUGGUUAAUUACGCCCAGUGCUGAGUUCAGGUCUGGUGGACCCUUAAAGCAGUUCCUCACCUCCCAUGUUGGCCCCACCACACUCUCUGUAUUUCACAGCACACAUUAUGCUGGAGCAGACAUGAUUAUAACAUUUGAAGCCAAUGAGUCAUGGAAGAAAGUGUACGGCCCUGUUUUUAUCUAUCUCAAUUCUUUGUCCACUGAAGGAGACCCACUCUCACUCUGGGAUGAUGCUAAAGAACAGAUGCUGCAUGAAGUCCAAUGCUGGCCCUAUGAAUUUCCUGCUUCUGAAGAUUUUCCACGGUUGGAUCAACGAGGCAAUGUCUGCGGAAGAUUACUAGUCAUGGAUACGUGUGUCAGCGAUGACAAUAUACCUGCAGAUGAAGCAUACGUCGGGCUAGCACCUGUAGGAGAUGUUGGUUCCUGGCAAACUGAAUCCAAGGGUUACCAAUUCUGGGCAAAAGCAGAUGAAUAUGGUUUUUUCACGAUCAAUAAUGUAAGGCCUGGUGACUACAAUUUGUAUGCAUGGGUUCCUGGUUUUAUCGGAGACUACAAGACUGAAACUGUCAUUAGCAUUUCUAAUGCAGGUAGUUUUAUUGAUGUUGGUGAGCUUGUAUAUGAGCCUCCAAGGAAUGGCUCUACACUGUGGGAAAUAGGUAUUCCUGAUCGUUCUGCAGCAGAGUUUUACGUUCCAGAUCCAAAUCCAAAUUAUAUCAACAAGCUCUAUCUCAAUCAUACUGACAGAUAUAGGCAGUACGGAUUAUGGGAAAGAUAUUCAGAAUUAUAUCCUGAUGAAGAUUUAGUCUUCACUGUUGGCACUGAUGACUAUACAAAAGAUUGGUUUUUUGCUCAAGUUACAAGAAAAAAUAAUAAUAGUAUUGAUAAUUUAUAUCAAGGCACUACAUGGAAAAUCCAGUUUGAGCUCGAGGGAGUUGAUCAAAGUUCAAUAUAUAAACUACGAUUGGCACUUGCAACUGCAAAUGUUGCUGAGCUGCAGGUUCGGAUCAACGACGGAAAUUUGAAUUCUUCUGCUGUAUUUUCAACUGGAAAAAUAGGGAAGGACAAUACAAUUGCGAGACAUGGCAUUCACGGACUAUACAGGCUAUUCAAUGUUGAUGUAGCAGGAACUCAGCUUUUAGAAGGGAAUAACACAAUUUUUUUGACACAAGCAAACCAUGUUAGCCCUUUCCAAGGGAUCAUGUAUGACUACAUUCGAUUAGAAGGUCCUUCAUCCUCAAAUUCUCUCAAGAAAAUGUGAUUUGGAUCUAAUUCUUGUUUUUUUCCCAUGAAAAGAAAUAUAUAGAAGAUUCUUCAAAAAUUCUGAAAUGGCAGACACAUGAUUUAGAUGCAGCCACCACAGAAAAACUGUCAUUUUGUGACGGAAUCUCCAGCAUAAUUUUGUGACAGAAUAGUGAAAUAUUUGAGAUUGAUUUUUAAAAUUUAUUACGAAUUGUACCUGCUGUUGUAAAAUUUUAUAACAGUAGUUUCUCUCAUAAAUCCGUCACAAAACUGUGAUAUAAACUCCAAGAGCAUUGUAUAUACAUAUAUAAUAAAGUGAGAUUUAUUUCAAUUGAUUUUUAUGAGUGCUUAA